GCAGGAGUGACGUGCGUGCGAUCCCCGCAUCCUGCUUCUCGCGCCGGCGCGUGUAAGGAAAUAACAGGCUGGGCUGCGAUCGUUGUCCGUGCAUGCGAUCAGCACUUUGAUUAGCGCGACGCGGGAAAGAGUAAGAGCUGUACUUUUGUCGGGGGGGGGCGAAAAAGGGGAGCUUGUUGAAUUGCUUCUUGAAACGGGGUCGGCGAGUUCGUGUUUGAUCCUGCGACUAAAGAGACGUGGCGUACGCGAGCUGAUUUACCUCGGACUGAACAAGGAAUCUAACGAGCAUGGAAGGCUAUGGGUUCUCCGGUGACCUGUUCGGUGGGCGGUCCGUUCUGGGCGAGGACCGCUCGGUUAUGGCGCGCGUGCAGAAGAAGUUCUGGAAGACCAAGCAGGUCUUGAUCAAGGCCACAGGGAAGAAGGAGGAUGAGCACGUGGUGGCGUCCGACGCCGACCUGGACGCCAAGCUGGAGUUUUUUCGCUCGAUACAGACAACAUGCACAGAGCUACUGAAAGUGAUAGAGAAAUACCAGCAAAGGAUCACACGUCUGUCUCAGGAGGAGAACGAGUUGGGCCUCUUCCUGCGCUUUCAGGCUGAGCAGGACAGAACGAAAGCUGGUAGCAUGAUGGAAGCCACCAGCAAGGCCCUCUGCAGCUCUGCCAAGCAGCGACUGGCCCUGUGCCCCCCACUGCAGCGAUUGGAGCAGGAGGUGGAGACGUUCCGGCGGCGGGCCAUAGCCGACACGCUGCUGACGGUGGGCCGCAUGGAGAAGGCGCGCACCGAGUACCGUGGCGCCCUCCUCUGGAUGAAGGAUGUCUCUCAGGAGCUGGACCCCGACACCUACAAGCAGCUGGAGAAGUUCCGCAAGGUUCAGGCGCAGGUGAGGGGGACUAAGGUGCACUUUGAUAAGCUGAAGAAUGACGUGUGUCAGAAAGUGGACAUGCUGGGGGCCAGCCGCUGCAACAUGCUGUCUCACUCCCUCUGUGCCUACCAGACUACGCUACUACAGUUCUGGGAGAAAACUGCACAUGUCAUGUCUGCUAUCCAUGAGGCCUUCAGAGGAUACGUACCCUACCAUUUCACUACCCUGAAGGAGCUAAGGGACCCACUGGAGCAGCUACCAGAGGAAGACCCAGAGGACAGAAAGGACAAAGAUAAACAUACUAAUCUAGACGAUCUCGUAUCACUGGAGGAGGAGAGAGGACUGCCCGCCCCUGAAAGCGCUCCGGGCCAGACCGCCGAUGGUCAGAGCGGAGAAUCUGGGGGCUCUUUAUACAACAGCUUGGGGUCAGCCAUAUUUGAGCUGUCAGGCCCUGUCUCUGAAUUUGGCACAGAUGACCUCUUUCUCAUGACCCCUGACUCAACCCUGACCCCGGCCCCUGCCGUGACCCUGACCGUACCUAUACCGCAGGCCAAAAGCUCCUUGGAGGCUACAGUGCCCCCUGCCGUCGGCCAGGGGAAGACACCAGAGGCCUUCCCCAGCUUGCAGCUCUCUGAGAAUGCUGGCAGGGACCUUCUCUCUGGUUUUGCCCUGCCGGCAGUUCUAGAGGAGGAGGAGGUCGAGGGGGCGGAUCUGUCCUUUCUGCAGGACCUUUUGAGUCCCGGCACCGGCGGCGGGUCCGACGGCUUCAGCAGGGUGUGGCAGGACGCCUUCGGCAGUUUCGAGGCCCCCGCCCUCCCCCCCUCUACCGCUCAGACCCUCGCGCCCUGCAACCUGAGUGACAACUGCACCCCCUCUCAGCCCCCUAGCCUCACUGGGUUCCUGCCUUCACAACUCCUCGACCAGAAUCUCAGCAGCACAGGAUGGGUGACUCCACCGAUGUUUCAAGCCCCUCCCCUUCAAGCUCUGCCCACUGCUGGUCCAAGCCCAGCUGCCCAGAACAUCAACAGGCCAUCAGCUCAUGCUCCUCCUACAAGCAGCAUCAGGGACAUGUCUGCUUGGUUUAACCUUUUCGCUGACCUGGACCCACUCUCCAACCCCGACGCUAUUGGACGGAGCAACGACGAACUCCUUAAUGCCUGAGAUGGGAACACGCCAGGACUUAAACUUUCAUCACUGUACAUGAGGAAAACCAAGGGACAGAUGUUCCUUGUCCUGACCCCACCAAGCCAAGGAUGAGUCCAGAAUGCUGAUCCGUGAUCUUUAUACAGGAAUCAAUCUCUCACACUCCGAGACAUACCACACACACAAAUACACUCACACACUCCAUAUCCUGAUAUUCUGGACCUGGAAACACAUUCCUUAGCCUCUUUAUACAGGAAUCUCUCUCGCUCUCUCUGUUUCUGUGUGUGGGUGUGUGUGUACUGAUCUGCUGUACAUUUCUUUAUGGGGACUUUGUUUUAAAAUCAGUAAAAAACUAAACUGACCCAAAAAACAAAACAAAACACUGCGCUGUACACUGUAUAUCAAAUCUCUUUUCGUUGACCUUGGGUGAUGUGUGAAGAGCACACGUGGAGGGUAAAAUUCAGGGCGGCGCUCUCCUUCACCGCAGAGGGGUGUGUGGUAUUCCACACCGCAGAGCCAUGUCCUUUUAUCUGGGACAUUUCUGCAGAUUAAUGAAUUGGUGAAGCAGUAACAAUGUAUGUCCACUGGGAGCGCUGUGCACAUCCACAAACAGGGCUCCACACUCAGAGGGGUGUGUUUCUAGUUGGCUGUGGACUGUACAAGCCCUAAUUUAAAGGGUGUUUGUUCAUGAAACUUUUUUGUUUUUGGAUUGGGAUCAGUUGGUCUGAUUGCACCAAUGCAGCUCUGUUCUGCUAGUAAUGAUAUGCGCAGGCGAUCUGUAACGAAACCUGCAGGGCGACAGGGCCUGGAAAUUUUCACGUUUCUUUUUUAAAGAAACCUGCACUUUUGGCACAAACAGGUCCGAGUCCAAUUCUGCUCGAUGUCCGCCUCCAUAAACACUACACUGACCUACCGAACAAUACAGUACACUAGAGUCAGCUGGGAAAAUGUUGUUUGUUGGGAAAAUCGAGGCUUAUCAUAGUUAUUAAAGCUACGAUCAGGGAUUUCUUAACAAACCUGAUUCCCCAUAGCCAAGGAUGUAUAGAUCCCUUCAAAGCACUAAAUGUUGAUUCCAGAGUCAUUUUGGCGCUCGUCAAAUAGGGUGUAAAAAAAAAAGAAAAAAAAAAGUGCUUUUUGUAGUGGAUGCACAUUUAGCCUGAUGUAAACAAACAAAAAAAAAUUACAAAUCCCUGAUUGUGGCUUUAAACCUUAUUAUUAAAUACAAAAUAGCUAUAGGUCAAUAUAUGAGUUUAUGCAUAUGUAAUUAUAGAAUAAUAAGUAAUAAUAAAUAUUAAUUAGAUUACUCAUGUGGUCACACAAAUGGCCUAUUUUCCAGAAAGAAGUGUCAUGCUGUUAAACUAUAUGUACUGUUGAGGUGUGCUGUAAAAAGACUAAAGUCUUUCUGCACAUGUAUGGUUCCAUCCAUGAUUCAUGAAACCUCCCAUAAUCACCAGCUCCAGUGGUGGAUUUACUGAUGCACAAAGAAUUUGGUAUUAUAGCAGCGUUGUCCACCAGGUCUGUUGUGCUAGGAUGGUCUAGUCCAGCGUUUCCCAUCCUCCCUGGACUCCCAGACGGUCCAAGGCUUGUUCUUAUUCUAGAUCUUGGGAAGUGCUGCUCUAGAGCACCUGCACAUGACGGAGUGCAAGGUUGGCCGUGACCGACUGCUGAGUCACUGCUCUGAGGGAUGGAUGCGUAUAGAUGAACGGUAGAAGUACAUAUGAUGUUCCUGCCUGAGUCCACACUUUGUCUGGUUUCUCUCAAAUUACUUUUAAAUGGCAAAACGACACCAAAAAAAUGUUCAUUUGCACAUUACAUCAUGUAAUGUAACCACGAAGGCCUUUUUGUUUGUUUGUUUUUUUAAACUUCUUCAUAAAUAUAAAGAAUGUAAACACACCAAUCAUGAUUUUCAGUUGAUUUAUUUUAUGCAACUGUGCCUUUGUUUCUGUGAACAGUCUUAACUAUUUAUAACUCAGAGGGCAGAGGCUGGACGAGUGAGACCUUUACAGUGAUCAUGCGUAUAUGAUGACCAUCCAGAAGCUAAAUAAACUCCUCCUAACUGACCAGGCUUGUGCGCUUGGGAUUGUAGACAUCUGAGUUUCAAAAGUUGUCAUUCUUAUUGUUCAUUUCCAGGGAAAUCUGGAAAGUUGUGAUAUAAAAAAAAAAAAAAAAUUUCCCAAUUUUACAGUUACUUAAUACAAGAUAAUCCACGUAGGGACAUCAGCACUAAAUACUAAGCUAAUUACACCAUUUGGCUCCUCUAUAUGUAAUAACAGCCAUUUGUCUAAACGUUUUUAAGGUUUUAAGGCAAUACACAUUUAUCCUUCUCAUGUUUGCCUGUGUUCCAUCCAACAAGUCCAUCAUCAUCCUUUAAAAGGAAGAAAUGUGAGCGUCACAGUAUGAUUCAUGUAGUCAUUUACACUAUAAAGAUCCUACAGUUCCCCUCGAUACGCAUCCUGUGUGACUAGCUGGGUAAACUCAUCACUGAUGUGUUUGUUCUUUGUUCUGGAUUAUUCCGCAACUGCCAUCAACUCUCCUCACUACUUUCUCUCUCUGUCCCUCUCACUCUCACCUUCCUGCUCUUUUCUUCUUCUUCUACAGAUGUGCAUCAUCUGUACCACCCUCACGUCUGCGUCUGUGUCUGCGUCUGCCCCUCCUCUCCCUCGGUACCGGCCCUGGCGAUAGACUCCCUGCAGCCGUAGCAAUAACAGUACGAAUACUAUAGCACCAAAUCUCAGCGUUCCACACGUCGAUCCGGGGGAGAGAGGUGGCGCUCCUGCACGCCAUGGAGCAAAGAUGGGGACCUGGAGAGCCAACGUCUGGAUGUAGGAGAAGGGUGGGGUUCAGGGUGGAGCUGCUACAGAGGGAUUGUGGGUGUCAGGCACGUUUGUUAGACCACCCCAUCCCUAGCUACAUAAUUUCUUUUUCUAGGUUACUAGUUACCAUGCAACGCA